GUGCGCGCGCGAGCGCGAGAUCAGCUCCCGACACCCGAGUGAGGCGGUCACCGAGACGAGCGCGAGCGGCGAUCUAUCCGACCAACAUGGCUACAAUUCCAACCUCGACGAGGUUUACGGACGAAUAUCAGCUUUAUGAAGAGCUCGGAAAGGGCGCCUUUUCCAUCGUCCGGCGAUGUGUGAAGAAAUCAACCGGGCAGGAAUAUGCUGCUAAAAUUAUCAACACAAAGAAGCUGACGGCGAGAGAUCAUCAGAAAUUGGAGCGCGAAGCUCGGAUCUGCCGUCUGCUCAAACACCCCAACAUAGUGCGACUCCAUGACAGUAUCUCAGAAGAAGGCUUUCAUUACCUUGUCUUUGACCUUGUCACUGGUGGAGAGCUUUUUGAAGACAUUGUUGCUAGAGAGUAUUAUAGUGAAGCUGAUGCCAGCCACUGCAUUAAUCAGAUCCUGGAGAGCGUGAGCCACAUUCACCAGCAUGACAUUGUGCACAGGGACCUGAAGCCAGAGAACUUGCUGUUGGCCAGUAAGAUGAAGGGGGCGGCAGUAAAGUUGGCUGAUUUUGGGCUGGCCAUUGAGGUGCAGGGAGACCAGCAAGCCUGGUUUGGUUUCGCCGGGACUCCUGGCUAUCUCUCCCCUGAGGUUCUGAGGAAGGACCCGUACGGCAAGCCUGUUGACAUCUGGGCGUGCGGUGUGAUCCUGUACAUCCUGCUGGUGGGCUACCCCCCAUUCUGGGAUGAGGACCAACACAAACUCUACCAACAGAUCAAAGCAGGAGCUUAUGAUUUUCCCUCUCCAGAGUGGGACACUGUUACUCCAGAGGCCAAAAACCUCAUCAACCAGAUGCUGACCAUCAACCCAGCUAAGAGGAUAACUGCUGACCAGGCCCUCAAGCACCCAUGGGUCUGCCAACGCUCCACUGUGGCUUCCAUGAUGCAUCGCCAAGAGACUGUUGAGUGUCUGCGCAAAUUCAAUGCCAGGAGAAAACUGAAGGGGGCCAUUCUGACUACCAUGCUUGUGUCUAGAAACUUCUCUGUGGGCCGGCAGCACACGAGCCCCGCCGCCCCUACCACCAGCACAGCUGCGCUGGCACAGGAAGCAUGCAAAAGUUUACUGAACAAAAAGUCUGAUGGAGUGAAGCCACAGACAAACAACAAUAAAAACAGUGUAGUAAGCAGCAGCACCAAAGACAGCAGCAUAUCAUCCACAGCACCAAUGGAACCACAGACCACUGUCGUGCACAACCCAGCCGACGGCGUCAAGGGGUCCAUGGAGAGUUGUAACACUACAGAAGAGGAGGACAUGAAAGGUAGGAAAGUUGGCAAGGUUAACAGUGACGGCGCAGUGCUCAGCCAAUGCAGUGCGUCUGAGGAGACACCUCCUCCCCUGAUCCCACCUCCUAGUAACGUUCAGCAUAAUGCAAAGCGCAUUGCAUGGAGCAGUAGAGGGCAGAGCUCGUGCCCUGCUGUACCUGACCCAGCCUCCAUGGCAGCACCGGGGGGCAGCAGCUCACAGCAGUCGCGCAAGCAGGAAAUCAUCAAAAUUACUGAACAGCUGAUUGAAGCCAUCAACAAUGGGGACUUUGAAGCCUAUACGAGAAUCUGUGACCCUGGUCUGACCUCCUUUGAGCCCGAGGCAUUGGGCAACCUAGUGGAAGGCAUGGACUUCCACAAGUUCUACUUCGAGAACCUCUUGAGUAAGAAUAGCAAGCCAGUGCACACCACCAUCUUAAAUCCUCACGUGCAUCUGAUCGGAGAGGAUGCAGCCUGCAUCGCUUACAUCCGUCUGACUCAGUACAUUGACAGCCAGGGCCGCCCGCGCAGCUGCCAGUCAGAGGAGACGCGCGUGUGGCACCGCCGUGAUUCCAAGUGGCUCAAUGUGCACUUCCACUGCUCAGGAGCACCUGCUGCCCCUUUACAAUGAACUACACCAGGCACAGCUUGCCUGGAUGAUUGGAGCAUGUCUUCUCAGUGGUCGGAUUGGUGCCAGGGGCCCGGCCGGAAGAGAAAACAUAAGGGGUUAAAAAUCACGCAACAAAGUAAAAAAAAUAAAAAAUUUAAAGCCAGCUGAGGCCAGCACCACUUCAGUCCAACUGUAGCUAGACGUGGGGGCCGGCGAUGGCAGUGGCCCCGCCCUCCGAAUGCUGCAUGCUUCUGAUGCCCACAGGGGGCGCUGUCUCGUCCUUUCCCCAUGAGCCCAUCUCUUCUGCCCGUCGUUCAGCAAGAGUGUUUCAAGUAUUAAUAUGUUGUACAUUUUUUGAGAUUGUCAAUCCUCACACAGUUAGCAGGGCUGAAAGUGAUGGAGGUUUAAAAUCAGAAAUGUGAAUAUUUCAGUGGCUGGUGGUGUUUCUUUUUCUUUUCUUUUCUUUUUUUUUGUUAAUGUGUGUAUAGCUGAUUUCAGCAAACCAAUGGUAUGGGUGGGAUAUUUGAGGAGCUUAACUAAAUUCUUACUUAAUAUCAGAAGAAAAUAUCACCAAAGUGUAGAAAUUAGACUUUGACAUGAAGUUGUUUUAGCAACCCUUUGAUUUGGUUGGACGAUUGGAGGCGUGUAGGAAUGUUUUUAGUAUCUUUUAGGUUUUUUUUUUUUUUUUGGUGUGUGUGUAACUCUGUUUUUAUCUCCUGAAUGAUGCUGUAUUUGGAAGUUCUUUGUGUUUUCAAAAAAGCAGAUUUUUAAAAGCAAGGCACGUUCUGUAUAGUUCUACACUGAUGUUUAUAGCGAGAGAAAGAAAAGAGCGUGUGUGUAUGGUGUUUGUGCGUGAUAUGCGGCCUCACUUGGCACUCCUUGCUUUGUUGUGCUGUAAGAAGCCCGUGUACACACACACACACACACACACACACACACACACACACACACACAUCGGCACACACGUGCCUAAACACACCCUGACAAGUGUUCAGUCAGUUUACUUACCUGCUUGUCUAUUCGCAGCUAUAUAAUAUCCUACUUGUUAGAACCUGAAGUUUCAGAACACUCGCUUCACUUUAUUCGCGUGUUCAUAAUCUCCUUCUGACCAAUAGGAGGAGCUUAAACACUAUUCACCUCAUCGUGGCUCUCAGAUCGCUUCUUCUCUCUUACACCUUUGGAUCAGCUUCCUAGAGCUCCAGCUACAUAUGCUUAUACGUUUGUUUUUUUCUCUAGACUCUUAUGAAGCAUGUUUGAAUCGAAUAGAAAUGGCCUGUACUGUUUUGCACAUAAGCCUGAGACGCUGUGCUGUUGUGUUCACAUUGCGUGGACUUUUCUGCAACUUCAGGUUAGAAAAUCCCAGACGGACCCCAACGCCAGCCCACAGCUGAUAUACACUCCGUCCGUGUGUGUGUGUGUGUGUGUCUGCACACUGACUGUGUUGUUCUAUUUGUGACGUACCGUCGGUUCUUCCACUCUCUGUUCCGUCUCCGGACUCACUGUGAGUGACGCUCGAGCAUGUUUAACAGAGGAAAGGGAGUGCGAGAUGGAUAAACUCGCUGAUCAUGUGACCAUCAGCUGAUUUGAGAUUGGAGAAAGCGAUCAUGCUAAAGCCAGUUGGUUUGUAGGUCCCUUUGUGACACUUUGUGUUGUACUGUUCUAAUGUUAGUGUUCUUAGUGUUGAUGUUUAUUCUGGAUCAUAUAAUUUUUUUUUAAAUGUAAAUACGUACACAGUGCCCAUUCGUAGAUGAAGGGCGGAGCCUAGGCUGUGCCAAACGUGCACGUCCGUCCGUCGUCCCUGUAUACACACACCACACACCCAAGCAUACUCCUAGACGCACUCCACCACGCACUGGUAAAAUCAAUCAUGUUGUAAAUGCAAAUUGUCGUGUGUAGGUUUUGACACUGGUGUGGCUGUGUUACUGCUCUCGAACACAGUGUGCUCCCUUUAAGGCAUAUCUGUGUGUGUAUCAGUGUGACAUCAUGUGUGUGACACCUUUUCACUGUAGUAACGUAGAUUUUAUGUGUGAAUAUCAGUGAAUUUAAAGGGGCAAGGAUUACAACCAGACCCCUUCACCUUGUUCAAAGCAAUUCUGCUUAUCGAUCACACUUGAUGGAUGAAAAAAAAGAAAAGAUGAAUCCCUGUUCAUCAGUCACACGGAGCUUAACAUGGCAGAAAGUACACAGCACAGCACUGUGACACCCGCCACCCCAUCACACUGUGUUCCUGUUUUGCGCCCUGGUGCAUUGUGUGUACAGUUCCAGUGUGGUGAUGUUUGGGGUCUCUGUAGUGUCUGUUCUGAGGCCCGUCGUCGUGCAUCCACACAGCCAUGCGGAAUGUUUAUGUUUAUAUGAACAACACAACCCGGUUUAUUCCAUAUUGAGUAUGAAAGCAGAAAACCUAUCAAAUUGAGGAGAGAAAUGGAUGACGGUGUUUCAGAUAUAGGAAAAGAUGCCUGUCAGACAACGUGCAUUUAGCUUGUAAAGUGAGGGUGAGCUCUUGAUAUGCUAGCUGAAAUAGCUCCAACAGGAUGCUCACUUCUAACAACCGAACCAUAUAUGCAGAUGGACAGAAGGAGGAAAAUAUGCAUGUCUACUCUGGUAAUAUUUUUCACUGUCUGUGUUUACUUAAAAAAUGGAAAAAUCUAUCUAUCUAUCUAUAUGUAUGUUACCUGCAUUCUCAAGAUAAUUGAAAAUGGCUCUGUUUCAAAUGCUAAAAUGAAGUGAUGUAUCACAAACAAAACAAAAAAAGGACAAAAAAAGAUUAACAAAGCCAUAGCUUGGUAUGUUCCCCAGAUUCUAUUCAAUUUAUUGCAUUGUAACCAUAUGAUGGUUCUACAUAUGACUAUACUCAGUUUUAAUUGGAUGCUGGAUUUUUUUGCAUGAUCAUACAAUUAAUAAAACCAUUUAAAAAUGAAGAAAAAAAAAAAAGAGAGUUAAAAAAUAUCAAGUGUUUGUUUGAAUGUCUGUAGAUCUUCA